ACUAUUAGGAGUAUUGAACCUACCUAUGUAAUUGUAACAUUUUACAGAUUUAUGUUUUUCUACAAUAUUUAUUUUUAAUUGAAAGGCUACGGGCGCUAUCUACUUUUUAAUAGUAAAACUAAUCGGUAACGUGAUCAAAGCAAUGUUUACAUUGUAUUUGUGUAAUGUGUAGACUUGGCAAAAGAUAAUAAAUUAAAUUUACAGAAAAUAUCUGUAGUCCUAUAAUAUCUACACGUAUUAAAUGAUCACGAUUACAAUUUAUAUUGCUUAAAAUGGCACAGCGGAAAGUAGCUCUUAUUACUGGAAUAAAUGGACAAGAUGGCUCUUAUUUAUCGGAAUUCCUAUUGAACAAAGGCUACGAGGUGCACGGGAUAAUUCGUCGAGCAAGUAGUUUCAACACUAGUCGAAUUGACCACCUUCAUUCGGAUCCUUAUGCCCACAGAGGUGGUCAAUUUCAUUUACAUUAUGGAGACAUGACUGAUUCUAGUUGCCUAGUGAAAAUUAUAGGCAAGAUAAAACCAACUGAAAUUUAUAAUUUAGCAGCUCAAAGUCACGUUAAAGUUUCUUUUGAUCUAAGUGAAUAUACUGCGGAAGUUGACGCAGUUGGCACUUUGAGGCUACUUGACGCUAUUAGGACAUGUGGCCUUGAAAAAUUAACAAAAUUUUAUCAGGCCUCCACUUCAGAGUUGUACGGAAAAGUUGCUGAAAUUCCGCAAACUGAAAAAACACCGUUUUAUCCCAGAUCUCCUUAUGCAUGUGCCAAGUUGUACGCAUAUUGGAUUGUAGUAAACUAUAGAGAAGCCUACGAUAUGUUCGCCUGCAAUGGUAUUUUGUUCAACCAUGAGAGUCCCAGAAGAGGAGAGACAUUCGUCACGAGAAAAAUUACCAGGGAAGUUGCAAAAAUUCAUCUGGGCCUUUCUGAAUGUCUUGAACUAGGUAAUUUGGAUUCGAAAAGGGACUGGGGUCACGCUAAAGAUUACGUAGAGGCUAUGUGGCUUAUGCUGCAACAAGACUCUCCCGAAGACUAUGUCAUAGCAUCUGGAAAAACGCACAGCGUCAAAGAGUUUGUCGAAGCCGCUUUCGGACACGUUGGAAAGGAAAUAGUUUGGGAAGGCAAAGGCACCCAGGAAGUUGGUAAAGAAAAGGAAACGGGAGUGGUUAGGGUUAAAAUCAAUCCUAAGUAUUUCCGACCGACGGAAGUAGACCUUCUACUUGGCGACGCCUCAAAAGCUAAAGCAAAGUUCAAUUGGUCGCCUAAAGUUUCUUUUCCUGAGUUGGUUAAGGAUAUGAUGGAAUCAGACAUUGAACUGAUGAAGAAAAAUCCCAUGGCAUAAUUUUUUUAAAUCUCUAUAUAUUUUUUGCUACUAUUAUUUCACGUGUACAUUUAUUUUCAUGUACAUCUUAUCCCAUGGCAUAAUUUUUUAAAACUAUAUUUAUCUUGCUACUCUACUUCACAUGUAAUAUAUUUCGUAUAGAUACGUGGUGCAUUCCAUUACUGUAUAUUCUUAUAUUUAAAGAUAAGUGUUUUUCAGCCAGUAAAAUUGUGCUCUCGGCAUAGAUAAACCUCGUAUAAAAAUAUGCAAUUUCUCUUUUAUCUGCAGGGUGUUGAGAUUCUAUCCAGAACAUCCUUGUCAAAUUUGAGUUCGUCGUCCGAUUUCGAUGAUUAUUUUUUUAUAGAUAUACAUUGUCCUAAAUCAUCUGCAGAACCAAAUAUCGUAGUGAUGGUGCCACUACGGGGCCUGCUAUGAUUUUUUUUGAGAGGUGUUUUUGUGUGAAAUUGCGAAAUUUUCCAUAAAUUUGAGAGGGGUGUUCUGGAUCAAAUAUGAACACCCCGUAUUUAAGACAUGCAUAUAUAAAAGUAUUAUAACCCCUACGAAUUUUUUGUUACGUUUAUGAUAUUGUAAAUAAAUGAUUGUGUAAAUAAAUAAUCAUAGUUU